UCUCUCGCAGAAUAUGCAGAUGCAGAACUCGCAGAGACCAGAGAGGGAAAAAGGGUUGUUUUGAUUUUUGUCUCGCCCUCUCUUUGUCUUUUGCAUGGUCAGCGAAUUUUGGUUCUCUUUGAUGCGAGGAAACUAAUAAUCAUUAACGAAUUGGCCCUCUAAUCGAGUAAAAAACUUUCAGCGACAUGACGGCGGCCAAGGUGUUCCUGGUUGCCUGCGGCUCCUUCAACCCUCCGACCGUGAUGCACUUUCGCAUGUUCGAGGUCGCCAGGGACACCCUGAGAAGGCAAGGGUUUGAAACUAUCGGCGGCGUCGUCUCGCCUGUUCACGACGGUUACGGAAAGGAGGAUCUUGCGAAAAUCGAGGACAGACUGGAGAUGUUGCGGGUGAGUGCGAGUGACUCUGACUGGAUCCGAGUGUCCGACUGGGAGUGUCAGCAGUCCGAGUGGCAAUACACGGUCAAAGUUCUCCAACAUCACCAAAAUUGCCUGAAUGCCAUUCCGACAGCAAAUCUGAACGCCAAAAACUCUAGUCCGUUGAAAAAUGGUCCGAAGAAGCAGCGAAUAUCAGACCAGGAGCACCCCUCCUGGAUGACCACCUCUGCAAUUACGGCAGCUUUGGAUGGAGAGGUCCAGGUCAAACUACUGUGCGGAGCCGACAUGUUCGAGACUUUCAUCAAACCUGGACUUUGGAAAAACGAACACGUUGAAGAAAUUCUCGGACAGUUCGGAGUGGUGGUUGUGCACAGAGAUGGUUGCGACCCGCACAAUCUAAUCUACGAAAAUGAUCUCAUGAACAAAUAUCAGUCAAAUAUAGUGGUGGCUAAGGAGUGGAUAGCCAACAACAUCAGCUCGACCAAGGUGCGCAGGGCCAUUCGACGAGGCGACAGUGUCAAGUAUCUUGUCCAUGACAAGAUCAUCAACAUGCUGCAGACCUACAACAAUAAUACAUAUAAGUACACGAGUUUGUUUCCGACGCCGUCACCGAACGACGUGCUCAUGGAGUCGUCGUCGCCCAGUUUCGUCAACGACCUGAACAAGUUGGCCGGCAAUCGUCGGCCGCCAACUUUGCUGAUCGAAAAGGCGCUGCCCGGUCAGGCGAUCAAAGUGACCAGCAAGGAGGAGGUCGUAACAGGUGACCACCCAGCCGCUGCACAGCACGAAACCAAAGUUCAGAUCCAAAUCACCAAAGAUGGCAUCAAAGUCAUCAGCGAUAAAGAAACCACUGUUUAAAAAAAAAAUUGCAAAUUGCAGUGCCAAAUUUUAACUCGCGGUAGAUUUAGACUGAUUUGAAUUUAAAAAUUAGAAAACUAGAGAACUUUUUAGAUGGUUUGUCUGCUAAAAAAAAAAAACGCACCAGUUUCAAGCAAAGAAGUGCCUCUGUCAAAUGUCUAAAGUUAAAAAUUAGGCACUGAAAAAUCAAAAGCCUUCCUCUCUCCGAAUUGAAAAAACGUAGCUUCCAAACUUCUCGACUUUUACACCAGCGUGUGAUGAGUUUUUGCCCGUGAUGUAUACAGUGUGUGUGUGCCAAAGUGAGACACUUUUGAUACGGCAUGCUUAGAUAUUUCCGCACAAAAUCAAACUCGAUUAUUUUCUGCAUGUUUUUCCCUUUUGCCCUUUCUUGAUUAGGUCGUUCUUUUCUGUUUGU